AUGUCGUUCCAGAAGCACGACCCCUCCAAGCCUAUCCACAUUCCGACCGCUGAGCACAACGUGCUCAACUUCUGGAACGAGAUCGAUGCUUUCCACACGUCCCAGAAACUUUCUGAGGGAAGGCCCGAGUACUCUUUCUUCGACGGACCUCCCUUCGCUACCGGUCUGCCUCACUACGGACAUCUGCUCGCCGGUACCAUCAAGGACAUUGUCACCCGUCAUGCCCACUCCACUGGCCACCACGUCGAGAGGAGGUUCGGUUGGGACACGCACGGUCUCCCCGUCGAGCACGAGAUCGACAAAAAGCUCGGCAUCAAGGGCAAGGACGAUGUGAUGGCGAUGGGCAUCGACAAGUACAACGCCGCCUGUCGCGAGAUUGUCAUGCGCUACUCGUCCGAGUGGAAGAGCACCGUCGAGCGCAUGGGCCGCUGGAUUGACUUUGACACUGGCUACAAGACCCUCGACACCACCUUCAUGGAGUCGGUCUGGUGGGUCUUUGGUCAGCUCUGGGAGAAGGGCCAGGUCUACCGUGGCCUCCGUGUCAUGCCCUACUCGACCGGCUGCACCACCCCUCUCUCCAACUUUGAGGCUGGUGAGGACUACCGCAUGAAGUCUGACCCCACGGUCACCGUCAUGUUCCCCCUCGUUGACGACCCCAACACCUCGCUCCUCGCCUGGACGACCACCCCCUACACCCUUCCCUCCAACCUUGCCCUCUGUGUCCACCCCGACUUCACCUACGUCAAGAUCCACGACAUUGAGCGCAACCACAACUACAUUCUCCUCGAGUCGCUCCUCGGCACUGUCUACAAGGAGUACGCCAACGGCAAGAAGCCGGACCCGAAGAAGGAGCCCAAGUUCAAGAAGAUUGGCUCGUUCCUCGGAAAGGACAUGGUCGGCUGGCGCUACACCCCGAUGUUCGACUACUUCACCGAGCAGUACGAGGACCGCGCGUUCCGCGUCGUCUCCGACACCUACGUCACUGACUCGUCUGGUACGGGUAUUGUCCACCAGGCGCCCGCGUGGGGUGAGGAUGACCACCGUAUUGCCGUCGCCAACGGUAUCGUCCGCGAGGACGAGAUCCCCCCUUGCCCCAUUGACGAGGUUGGUCGCUUCACCGACGAGGUUCCCGACUGGAAGGGUGUCUACGUCAAGGACGCCGACACGUCGAUCAUCAAGACGCUGCAGAGCAAGGGCCGCCUCGUCGCUCGCGGCGACAUCAUGCACUCGUAUCCCUUCUGUUGGCGUUCGGGCACUCCCCUGAUCUACCGCGCCAUCCCCGCCUGGUUUGUUCGUGUCGCCAAGCUGUCCGACGACCUCGUUGCCAACAACGAGAAGACCCGCUGGGUUCCUCAGCACGUCGGUGAUGGCCGUUUCGGUGGCUGGCUCAAGAACGCGCGCGACUGGAACAUUUCGCGUAACCGUUACUGGGGUACGCCCAUCCCCCUUUGGGCUUCGGACGACAUGCAGGAGAUUGUGUGCAUCAGCUCGAUUGAGCAGCUCGAGAAGCUCUCUGGUGUCACUGGCAUCAAGGACCUUCACCGCGAGUCUGUCGACGGCAUCACCAUCCCGUCGCAGCAGGGCAAGGGCACGCUGAAGCGUAUCGAGGAGGUGUUUGACUGUUGGUUCGAGUCUGGCUCGAUGCCGUACGCGCAGUCGCACUACCCCUUCGAGAACCAGGACAACUUCAAGGCUCGCUACCCUGCCGACUUUGUUUCGGAGGGUAUCGACCAGACCCGUGGAUGGUUCUACACCCUGCUUGUUCUCGGCACGCACCUGUUCAACACUGCUCCCUGGAAGAACCUGAUCGUCACUGGUCUCGUCCUCGCCUCGGACGGCAAGAAGAUGUCGAAGAAGCUCAAGAACUACCCUGACCCGAUGGAGGUUGUGGAGAAGUACGGAGCGGACAGUGUGCGUCUGUUCCUGAUCAACUCGCCCGUCGUGCGCGGUGACAACCUCCGUUUCCGCGAGGAGGGAGUACGUGACGUCCUCUCCAACGUGAUUCUCAAGUGGAUCAACUCGCUCAACUUCUACCUGAACCAGGUCGAGCUGUUCAACCAGGCGCAGGGCACCAAGUUCAUGUACGACCACGAUGCGCCCAAGUCGACCAACGUGUUUGACCGCUGGAUCCUUGCGCGCUGCCAGACGCUGAUCCAGACGGUGCACCACGAGAUGGACAACUACCGCCUGUACACUGUGAUCCCGCGCCUGCUCGAGCUCAUCUCGGACCUGACGAACUGGUACAUCCGCUUCAACCGCCGCCGUCUCAAGGGCGAGAACGGCGUCGAGGACACCAAGGCGGCGCUCAACUCGCUCUACGAGGCGCUGUACACGCUGUCCCUGACCAUGUCGUCCUUCACGCCCUUCACGUCCGAGAUGGUGUACCAGAGCCUGCUGGCGACCACUCCCGCGCCCAAGGACGGCAGCGACGUGCGCUCUGUGCACUUCCUGCUCUUCCCCUCUGCGCGCGAGGAGUACUUUGACCCCGUCAUCGAGCGCCAGGUACAGCGCCUGAAGAGCGUGAUUGAGCUCGGGCGCGCGAUCCGCGACAAGCGCACGCUCAAGGUCAAGAUGCCGCUCAAGGAGCUCGUCCUCUUCCACCACGACCAGGAGUACCUUGACGACGUCAAGUCGCUGGAGGGCUACGUCAUGGGCGAGCUCAACGUGCACGAGAUCGUGUACACGCGCGACGAGGCGGCGAUCGGCAUCAAGUACAAGGCGAACGCGGACUGGCCCGUGCUGGGCCGCAAGCUGCGCAAGGACCUGGGCAAGGUCAAGAGCCAUCUGCCCAAGAUGACGAGCGAGGAGUGCAAGGGCUACCUGUCGCAGGGCAAGGUGAGCGUGAACGGCGUCGAGCUCGUCGAGGGCGACCUCGUCGUCACGCGCUAUGUCGAGCUGGAGGGCGAGCGUGCCGAGGUGUACGAGACGGCGACGGACGGGGACGCGACGAUCCUCAUCGACGUGCGCCGCCACGACGCGCUCGAGCACGUCGCGCUCGUGCGUGCCCUCACCUCGCGCGUCAACAAGCUGCGCAAGGCCGCAGGGCUCGUGCCCACUGACCGCGUCGAUGUGUUCUACGCCUACGACGAGGGAGAGGAGGACGCACUCGCCCCCGCCAUUGCGGGCUCCAAGGACGCCCAUGCUGGGUACCAUCUACGCCGUGCCCCUCGAGAUUGCCCAGAUGCCUGCCGACCGCAAGGUCAUCCAGACCGAGGUCAGGGCCAAGGACAUUGA